AUGUCUUUUGCAAAACCAUUUGUUUCUGCUUUCAAUUAUAAAUUAGCAUGGCUUGGUCCAGAUGGCUCCGAAGACUUGCAACUUGAUAAAGCAGCGCUCCUUCCUCCUCCGUACUUGGAGGCAACUAUGCUUGACCCUGUUGUUCGGCCUACAAACAACCCAGCAACAACAAGAAUUCCAUUAAAGAUUUGCAGUUGUAAUCCAAGGAUCAGCACAAAGUCAAGUCAAGUGCAACUGUUAUGGGGUCCUUCUGCAAGCUGCAACUCAAAGGCACAGACAAAGAUUAGUCACACUCAAAAGGAAAAAUGA